AUGCUUAAUUUUGAAGACGUCGAGGAGCGCGACGGCGUGAGGUUAUCCUGGAAUGUCUGGCCAUCGUCCAGAAUAGAGGCUACACGCACAGUAGUACCCAUCUCUGCCCUGUACACACCGCUCAAGCAGCGCGAAGAUCUUCCCCCCGUUUUGUACGAGCCCGUGACCUGCAAACCGCCAUGUCGCGCAGUGCUCAACCCGUACUGCCAAAUUGACAUCCGCGGAAAGUUGUGGAUUUGCCCCUUCUGUUUGCAGCGGAAUGCUUUCCCUCCGCAUUACAAGGAUAUCUCGAACACGAACCUGCCCGCGGAGCUGUUACCAAAAUACACAACGAUUGAAUACACGCUUUCUCGCCCUGCGCAGGUCCCGCCCAUCUUCCUCCUUGUCGUUGACACCUGCUUGGAUGAGGACGAGAUGAAGGCGCUGCGAGACACAAUCGUUGUCAGUCUGGGUCUGUUACCGCCGUUCGCGCUUGUCGGGCUUAUCACAUAUGGCACGAUGACACAAGUGCACGAGCUGGGGUACGCCGAGUGCACCAAAUCAUACGUGUUCCGGGGCGGCAAGGAGUAUCAGCCGAAGCAGAUCCAGGAAAUGCUCGGGCUCAGCGCGCAAAACCGUGCGGCACCACGACCGGGACAGCCGAUGCCGCAGCAGUCGUUCGGCGCGGCGCGAUUCCUGAUGCCCGUGCAGCAGUGCGAGUUCCAGCUGACCGGCAUUUUGGAAGGGCUCACGCGUGACCCAUGGCCUGUCGCGAAUGACAAGAGGCCGCUGCGCUGUAUUGGCGUCGCUGUUAGUGUUGCCGUUGGCAUGCUGGAGACGACGUUUCCGAACACUGGGGCGCGUAUUAUGGUGUUUGCUGGUGGUCCGGCGACCGAGGGCCCAGGGAUGGUUGUAAAUAACGAGCUCAGGGAGCCGAUACGCUCACACCACGACAUUGACCGUGACACCGCCAAGCACUUCAAGCGUGCGAUGAAGUUCUACGAGGGUCUGGCGAAGAGAGCAUCUAAUAAUGGCCAUGUUAUUGACUUGUUAGCGGGAUGUCUUGAUCAGGUCGGGAUACUGGAGAUGAAGUCGCUGACGAAUUCAACAAACGGUGUGAUCGUCUUGUCUGAUUCGUUCUCCACAUCUAUUUUCAAGCAAAGUUUCCUGCGCAUGUUCAACAAGGACGAGCAAGGGCAGCUAGAAAUGGGAUUCAACGCGACCUUCGAUGUGCAGACAACAAAAGAGCUCAAAGUGUCGGGACUUAUCGGACAUGCUAUCUCAGCAGGCAAGAAGUCGGCUUGUGUGGGUGAGACGGAGAUCGGUAUUGGCCAGACGUCGGCUUGGAGGAUGAACUCCAUCACACCUCGCACCGCCGCAGCGGUAUACUUCGAAGUGGUGACACCCGCGGGGCAGCCUCUGCAGCAGGGCUCGCGUGGGCUCAUUCAGUUCGUUACGCACUAUCAGCACUCCUCCGGCCAGCUCCGCCUGCGCGUGACGACCAUCGCGCGCAACUUCGCCGAGGCGGGCUCCCCUACUAUUGCAGCAUCGUUCGACCAGGAGGCAGCCGCGGUGCUCAUGGCGCGUAUUGCGGUCUUCAAGGCGGAAAUCGACGACUCGCCGGACGUGCUGCGGUGGUUGGAUCGCAUGCUCAUUCGCCUGUGCCAGAAAUUCGCGGACUACAGGAAAGAAGACCCCACGAGUUUCCGGCUGUCGGACAACUUCAGUAUCUACCCACAGUUCAUGUUCCACCUCCGGAGAAGUCAGUUCCUGCAGGUGUUCAACAACAGUCCCGAUGAAACGGCGUUCUACAGACAUGUCUUGGACGAGGAGGAUGUUAACAACUCUCUUAUCAUGAUACAGCCCACGCUGAUGUCGUACACGUUUGACGUACCACCCCAGCCUGUCCUCCUCGACAGCGUCUCCAUCAAACCCGACGUGGUCCUACUUCUUGACACCUUCUUCCAUAUCCUCAUCUUCCACGGCGAGACCGUGGCGCAGUGGCGUAAGGCGGGCUACCAAGAUCAAGAGGGCUACGAAAACUUCAAAGAGCUCCUCGAGGCGCCCGUCGCCGAUGCCCAGGACCUCCUCGUGGAUCGCUUCCCCAUUCCCCGGUAUAUCGUCUGCGACCAGGGCGGCAGCCAGGCGCGGUUCCUGCUCUCGAAGCUGAACCCGUCGACGACGCACAUGUCCACGAGCAUGUACGGCACUGCCGCGACUGCAGCCUCCGGGCAGGCGAUCUUCACGGACGACGUCAGUUUGCAGGUGUUCAUGGAGCAUCUCAAGCGUUUGGCUGUGGGGGCGCAGACAGGUUGA